AGUCAAAAAUGAACUUUUCGCGGCUGUAGUUUUGUUUACGUUUAUAAAAUUCUUACCAACAUAUUAAUUUAAUUUAAUUUACAAUUAGUUUUGGAAAAUGUCCAAUGACAAGAGAACCAUCUACGUUGGAGCCCUUUCCGAUGAAGUCACUGAGAAACUCCUAAACGAUGCUUUCAUUCCCUUUGGUGAUAUUGCUGACAUUCAAAUGCCCGUCGACUAUGAAUCGCAAAAACAUCGAGGAUUUGCAUUUAUCGAAUAUGAGGCGUCCGAGGAUGCUGCUGCAGCAAUUGACAACAUGAAUGACUCGGAGCUGUGUGGACGUACAAUUCGUGUUAAUUUAGCCAAACCGGUGAGAGUGAAAGAAGGAAGCUUCAAACCAGUCUGGGCUGAUGAUGAUUGGUUGCAAAAACACGCUGGUGCUACUCUUACAAAUGAAGAAGGAGCCGAUACGGAACAGCCACCAUCUGAAAAACAAGUGGAGAAUGUCACGCCGGUUGUUAUCUCGAAACCUGAAAAACGAAAUCCUCAAGUGUUCUUUGAUAUUCGUGUUGGUGGCAAUGAUGUUGGUCGAAUAGUUAUGCUCCUCCGAGCCGAUGUUGUACCUAAAACAGCGGAAAAUUUCCGAGCACUUUGUACUCAUGAACAGGGCUUUGGGUACAAGGGUAGCACUUUUCAUAGAAUCAUUACUGAGUUUAUGUGCCAAGGAGGAGACUUCACCAAUAACAAUGGCACAGGAGGAAAGUCCAUUUAUGGCAAGAAAUUUGCUGAUGAAAAUUUCAAUCUAAAACACAAUGGCUUUGGCACUCUAUCAAUGGCUAAUUCUGGAGCUAAUACUAAUGGCUCACAGUUUUUUAUUUGCACGACAAAGACCGAUUGGUUGGAUAAUAAGCACGUAGUCUUUGGACAUGUUAUUAGUGGCGCUGAUGUGGUGCGGAAAAUUGAAAGGUGUGGAACCAAAACAGGCACUCCAACUCAAAAAGUCAUAAUAUAUUCUUGUGGAGAGUUAAAAUAAAUACAUAACUUUAAAUAACAAAAAA